CCGGAUCUAUUAAAAAUCUACGACAUCCGCGCGCUCAGCGAAACUUCUCUCCGAACAAACUGUAGUACCGAACCCACUGCAGCUUCUGUCCCGGUAUUUCAUCAAAAAUCCCAAUCGAACCAGAGAAAAUAUCACCUCAAACUUGGGUUCCGACAUGGCUAUCCGAUAUCCCAUGGCUGUUGGCCUGAAUAAAGGCCACCCAGUCACCAAGAACGUGGCGGCUCCAAAGCACAGUCGUCGCCGCGGGCGCCUGACCAAACACACCAAGUUUGUCCGAGACAUGAUCAGGGAAGUGUGCGGCUUCGCUCCCUACGAGAGGAGAGCCAUGGAGCUGCUGAAGGUGUCCAAGGACAAGAGAGCGCUGAAGUUCAUCAAGAAGAGGAUUGGGACCCACAUUCGGGCCAAGAGGAAGAGGGAGGAGCUAAGCAACGUGCUGGCCGCCAUGAGGAAGGCAGCCGCCAAGAAAGACUAAAUCAAUAAAUUUUGUUCAAGUAGA